GUGACGAGACAGAGAGUGAAGAGAAGAAGGAGUCUCAAGCCAUGAAAAAUGUCAGGGUGAAGACAGAAGAGGACACGGUGAAGCUGCAAUUUGACACGUUGAAGGUGGACGAGGUCACGGUGAAGGUGGACGAGGUCAUGGUGAAGGUGGAAGAACCCACAGAGGACCCCCAGAACAUCAAGGUGGAAAUGGACCAGGAAGUUCAACAUCAGCCAGAUGAUGAGCAAGAUAGCCAAGAAGUCUUCCUUCAGACAAGACCCCACAAAUGCUCUUUCAAAGGAGAGUAUGCUGAGAAACAUCUGGAAGAUGGUGCCCAACCAAGGAGUGGCUUCAGACAGAAGGUGUACACCUGUGGGGACUGCCAGAAGAUCUUCACCUGGAAGAGCAACCUGAUCCGUCACCAGCGGAUCCACAUGGGAGAGAAACCCUUCAAGUGCCCGGAGUGUGGGAAACUCUUCGCCUUCCGCUCGGACCUCAUCAACCACCAACGCAUCCACACGGGAGAGAAGCCCUUCAAGUGCCUGGAGUGCGGGAGGAGCUUCGUGCGGAGCACGGCCCUCCUGCAGCACGGCAGGUCACACACCAAGGAGAAGCCCUUUCCUUGCACCACGUGCGGGAAACGCUUCUCCUGCCGCUCAGACCUUGCCAACCACCAACGCAUCCACACAGGAGAGAAGCCCUUCAAGUGCCUGGAGUGCGGGAAGAGCUUCCUCAAGAGCACGUUCCUCCUGCAGCACAGGUUGACGCACACCAAGGAGAAGCCCUUUCCCUGCACCACGUGUGGGAAACGCUUCGCCUGGCGCCGUGUCCUUGUCACCCACCAACGCAUCCACACGGGAGAGAAGCCGUAUGCCUGCCCCCACUGCGAGAAGACCUUCCGGAGCGGCCUGAUGCGUCACCAACGGAUCCACACAGGAGAGAAGCCCUUCAAGUGUCCAGAGUGUGAGAGGAGCUUUGCCGAUAGAUCGACCCUCCUGCAGCACUGGAGGACACACAGCAAGGAGAAGCCCUUUCUCUGCACCGUGUGUGGGGAGUCCUUCACGUGGCACUUUGAGGUGGUCAACCACCGCCGCACCCACAAAGAAGAGAAGCCGAUCGCCUGCCCGCACUGCGAGCAGACCUUCGGCCAGAGGUGUCACCUUCUGAGGCACCAACGAAUCCACACGGGAGAACGACCCUACGAAUGCCCGUACUGCAAAAAGACCUUCACGAGUGGCAGUGCCUUAAUCCGCCACCAAAGGACCCAUCAGAGCGAGAGACCAUAUGAGUGCCUCGAGUGUGGGGAGUGCUUCAUCUAUGGCUCGAGUCUUUCCAGGCAUCGGUUGACCCACACUGGAGAAAAACCCUUUUCCUGCUCCGAUUGCGGGAGAUGCUUUGCUGAGAAGGGGAAGCUCGUGGUUCACCAGCGGAUCCACACCGGGGAGAGGCCAUACAGCUGCCCCAAGUGCCCGAAAGCCUUUCGGGACCGCUCCAAGCUCACCGUCCACCUGAAGACUCAUGAGCCGAAGACCUUCCACGUAUGCGCAGUCUGUGGGAAGUCUUUCAGAGAGGCUGCCGAGUGUCUUUUCCAUGAGAAGACCCACAUGGAGGAGGUGCAGGUGGGCCAGGGAGCUUCUUGA